UUGAAAAUGCAAAGCAACCCUGCCAUUAAACAGCUGAUUUUAUAAACUUUGUGCACUGCGUAAAUAAACGCUCUUAUCACAACAAUUUUGCGUAUUAGCCAAAAUUUUCUAUAACUAUAACUAAGGAUACAAAAUAAUGGAUUACGCACCUUUAAAUUUGGCACAUUUCCACGAGCGACGCGCUAAUCGCUUUCUAAAUCGCCAUCGCUAUGACGACGCCUAUAAGGCAAUAGAAACCUCUUUGAUAUAUCUACAAGAUGCAUUUAAAACGGCACUGAUGCCAAAAUCUGUGGAAUUGCUGAAUACACAAAAAUGGGAAUACCAGAGAAAGUUAUCACAAAUACAAAUGCAUAAGCAAGAGCAUGAAAGUUUGAAGCACAAAGAAAUUGUGCCACUAUCGGCCACAACAACAAACACACCAGUAUUAUUGUUUAGAACAGACAGCAAUUUGACUGCACAGUCCGUCGCCAAGUCCAUUGAUCGUACAGUGCGUGAGUUUGACAUUAAACUUAACAUAUCACCAAUGAAACGUACCAGCAGCAGAGAAAACAAAGAUUUUCGUAUUGCGAAUACUAUUGCUGAGGGACUUGUGAAAGCAAGUGCACCAAUUACACAGCCAACGAAUGAACGGGAUGAAGAGAGACCAGCUUUCUACAUAACCGACAGCGAUGAGAUACCAUCGUUAACGCCGCUCGAAUUACCUUCUUUCGAAUAUCAUUCCUACAAUGCUUCAACUCCUUCAUUGACUGAUUUAACCGCGAAUUUCCAUAAAGAAUAAUAGUGUAUAUAGAUUUCGAAUAUUUGACGAUCUCUUGCGUAUGGCAAUGCAUAGACAACAUAUGUAUUAUGUAUAUCAAACAAAUAUACAAUAAGUAUAAGUUUAAUUCAUUAAAGUAUUACAAUAAAAUCAUAA